AUGCUACGACAGAUAUUCAUCCGCGAGCAGAUUCAGAUCGUGCAUGGGCAUGCCUCAUUGUCGAACCUGUGCCAUGAAGGCAUACUGCAUGCGCGGACGAUGGGCUUGGGAACAGUGUUCACGGAUCACUCUCUGUUUGGAUUCUCGGACGCUGCAAGUAUUAUGGCUAAUAAGCUGCUCAAAUUCAGCUUGAGUGAUGUUGGGCAUGUUAUAUGUGUCUCUCAUACUUGCAAGGAGAACACUACUUUGCGCGCCUCGUUGAACCCAUUAGCAGUCUCGGUGAUACCUAACGCGGUCGUCGCAAGCAACUUUCGACCUCUCCAACCACAUGAACUCCAACUCCUGCAACGUACGCCGCAAUCACAGACAGAUCCGAAGAUCAAUCUUUUGCCACCUCCUCCAGACCCAAGUCAGCCUGUUGGGCCGAACGACAUAAUCACUAUCGUGGUCAUAUCCCGCCUAUUCUACAACAAAGGAACUGAUCUCCUCAUAUCUGCCCUUCCACUCCUGCUCCGUCGACACUCGAACCUACGAUUCAUCAUCGCCGGAUCUGGACCUCAGGCCAUCGAUCUAGAGCAGACCCUCGACUCCUUGCCACAACAACUACUCUACACAACUUCGGGGCAGAGUCGAGUGGUACAGCUUGGUAGUAUCCGUCACGAAGAAGUCCGUGAUGUUAUGGUGCGUGGUCACAUGCUCCUCUCGACUUCAUUGACAGAAGCGUUCGGCACGGUUCUGGUCGAGGCAGCUUCGUGCGGCCUGAUGGUGGUGGCUACGCGAGUUGGUGGUGUACCAGAGGUGCUGCCAGGUAACAUGACUGUUUUCAUACUUCCAGAGGUCGACGAUGUCGUGCGUGGCGUGACCGAAGCAGUAGGUCUACUCACUAGCAAGGCUGUUCGAAGGGACAAAUUUCACGACCUGGUCAAGAAUAUGUACUCGUGGUCCGACAUCGCGCGGCGCACAGAAAGAGUGUACGACCUGAUCACGGGCUCGCCUUCAGCGACGGACAAUCAGGAAUACUACAACAACGAGUGGGAGUCGUACGGGCAGCCAGUAAAUCAGACACAGAGAUCGGCUCUGAUUGACAGGCUGAAGCGUUACUUCGGCUGUGGUAUCUGGGCUGGGAAGUUGUUCGUGAUUGUGGUUAUUGUGGACUAUCUGAUCUAUUGCUUCCUCGAGCUUGUGUACCCAAGAGAAGGCAUUGAUCUGUGCAAGGCUUGGCCCACGAUUGUCAAUGAGAAUGGAGCGUUUGAUGGUGCUGAGGACGGUGGGGAUGGCGAGCUGGAACGAUAUGCUACUGUCAAGCAGAAGACGAGGAAGCCUAGGCAAGAAGAAGCAGAGGGAGACUAUGGGUAG